AUGCGCCUUGAAUUCGACCCGAUUCUAAGUAUGGAGAAUCGUACGAAAGACUUGUUGACACGGGCGAGUGAUAACAUUUGACUGAACAGGUAGUGUGUUACCUGUCGCAAGCGGAUAUCAUGGAGCUCACAAGGGGUUUCGAUCCCACUUUGCCACUAGACUUUAAUGGCAGUACCAAUCCGCUGGAUCUGCCCGACGUCACUAUUGAUGGCAGUAUUGGAGACCAUCCACCGUCUAGAGCAGCAUCUGCUAGUCCAGGACUUGUGCCAAUGUUGGCUAAAACUAGCAGCGGGCGAAUGUCCCCUGUACGUGGUCGAACCAUGAAGGAGUAUGAUCAGCAAAUCGCAGAACUCAAGAAAGAGAAUUUCAGCUUAAAACUUCGCAUUUACUUCUUGGAGGAACGCAUGGAACAGAAGUUUGGUAGUACAGAAGAUACGUUUAAAACUAAUAUAGAACUAAAAGUUGCUGUUCAGAGCCUGAAACAGGAACUUGCAGACAAGCAGGAGCUUCUGCGUAAGGCCAGUCAAGCUAUGGAAGCCCUGACAUCUGGCCAGCAAAGUGACCUUGAGACCAUGCGCCAGAACUUGGAGGCUCAGCACAAGAAAUACACAGAAAAUCUCAAGUCGGACCUGCAGCAAGCCAUUCAGGAAGCUGAAAGAUCUCGAGAAGAAGCAGAAAAUGCAAAUAAGCAUAUGAAUGACUUGGAGAUUAAGUUGUCAGACUUAGAAAGGCAGGUGCAACAAGAGCUGUUCAAAUCAAAAAAACUUGAGGAUGCAGUACAACUUAAAGAAAGAGAUGUGGCAGACCUUCAGAGUGAGUUGGAAGAAAGAGAACAGGCAUUUGUUUCUCUCAAAAUGGCUUUGAAGGAAGCUGAAGAGGAGAAACAACAGGCCUUAGCUCGUGCAGAGCAAGCAGAAAAGGCUGUGCAGCGCAAAGACCGUGAUGUGGAGCAACUGUCUUCAGCCCUUAGAGACCAGUCACAGAUUGAUGGCCAUUCUUUCCUGGCAUCACGUCACCUAGAGAAACUGCGAAAGCAGCAUACAGAAAGAAUCAACAAUUUAAUGGACCAGGUGCAGGAUCAGCAAGAGAAGCUACAUCAGUUGGAGGCAAAGAUAAUGGAGCUGCAGGAAAUUCUGACUAACAGGGACAGCAGAAUAGAAGAGCUGGAGACUGAGAUGCGAGCAAAAGACAAGAACUUAAAGGAGGCUAGCAGCAGGGCUGAUGAACUGGCAGAGGCCAUGGAACAAGAGCGAGAAUACAGUAGGCGCCGUGAUCUUACCAUCCAGGGUCUGGUCAAUGAGGUCCACAAGAAAGAAAAAGAGCUGAGCAAGGUGAAAGAAAAGCUGUCAAAGUGUGAAGCCACCUUAAAGGCAAUGCGUGCAGACCUCCAUGAGGCUGAAAUGAACAAACAUCAGGAACCUCAGCAUCAAGGCGAGGCACUGGAUGAUGCCAUGCAAGAGAAUACCCGAUUGCAGCUUCAACUGACAGAGGCAAAUGCAAAGACUGAGGAGAUGAUUAAGUCUCUUGGAAAAAAGGAGGGAGAACUGGCAGGGUUCCGUGAGCAGCUGGACCUUGCAAAUCAGGCUUUGAGACGAAGUGAAGAAGCACUAGAGAGUCUACAGCAACAACUUGAACAAGAAAGGGGGGAAGCCAAGGGAAAGCUGGAUAUCCAGGCAAAGCAGCACCAGAAACUGCUGGAGGAAUACACACGUCAGCUGGAAUCUAAAGAUUCCUUAAUGGCCCAGAUGACCCAGCAACUGAGAGCCAAAGACAAGCAGUUGGCAUCCCUGAUGGACCUUCUUACAGAUGACUCUUCUAAGAAUCAGACAGAGUUGUUUAAAAGACUUGUUAAUGAUCUUGACAAAUCAGCCAGCACACUGCAGGUUGAUUUGAACAAAAAGCAAGAAGACCUUGAAGAAAUGGAACAGAAGCUAGAAGACACUCGUCGUGCAUUGAAAGAUAAAGGGAAUGAACUCAGACAGGCUGCACAUAAAUUGCAGCAGCACCAGGAUGAACUGGAGAUGCUGCAACAUAAGAAUGCAGAGAGUGGAGAAGCCAUUGCUCAUCUAACAGCUUCACUUUCAAAAGCUCAGAGAGCACUUGAGGAAUCUAUCGACAAGCAUGCUGGGGCACUUCAAGAAAAGGAGAAGAUAAUUCAACAGCUGCAGACAGCCCUUCAACAGCGUGAUGAGACCAUCAAGGAGUUUUCCCUCCAGAGUCCUUCCAUAGAUAGAUGUGAGGAAUAUUUGCACAAACAUCUUCUAGAGAAGGACAGGAAAAUAGAGGAGCUGAAAGCAGAUCAUGUGCAAGCAGCUGUGAGACAUGAACAAGGUUUGCAUUUAUUAAGAAAUCGCCUUGAAGAGAAAGACAAUGAGAUUCAGGCCUUAAACAGCAAGCAUCGAAAAGAGAUGCUGAACUACGAUCAUGAGAUCAAGUCACUGAUGGCGCAGCUGGGACAGAUGGAACUGCAGGUGGCAGAGCUGCAGGCCGGCACACGGCUGGCGGAGGAGCAGCAGCAGGAGACCCUGAAGCGACUGCAGCGCAUGAUGCGCGAGAAGGACAAGACCAUAGAGGCUCUGGUGGACAGUGUCGAGGAGAAAGAGCGACUGUUGCGGAGAUCACAGCAGAACCUGACAGAAGAUGCCAAGGCACAGAUUGCUGAGGUUGAAUCUCUUCAGGCUGAAAAUAGACGUCUUCGUCAGCAGCUAGAUGAAAGAUCAGAGUAUGGAGGAUGUGAAUCCCAUGACAACUAUAUCAGUAAAGACAGUCAGUACAGCAGCCAGCAUGAGAAGGUCAUCUACACAUGCAACUCGCCCCUGCAUUCUGACAACAAAGAAUUGGUGUCAUUACUCAGGGACCAGUUGAAUGAGAUGCAGCGACUGGGACUAUUGUUGCAGGACCACAAGAUUGUUCUCACAGACUUAACAGAAAAGUGCUCAAGUGAUGGUGUUGGUCCUUCUAGCUCGGCUUCUGCUUUGCGGAAUGAGCUGUCAGCAAGCAAGCUGCUGCAGCAGCACCUCUAUGAGACCCUUGAGCGGAGCCAACAGCUGCAUCAUUCCUUAUUGGGUUACACAGUCCGACAAACAGACAAUACUGUUUCAGGUGAGAACAGCAUUAACUACAGUGACAGUGCUGCCAGCUGUGCUAGCAGUUCUAGUACUGCCAGUCACCAUGCUGACCAAAGCAUGAACAGAAGUUCUAAAUUUUCUGAAAAAUCACUCUUCGAGAUGCAAGGUGCUGUCUCUUUGGCCACACAGACCAGUCCUCGUCGAAUGCAGCAAGUGCAGAAGCAUGUUGGGGGGCCUGCCUUUUCAUCAUUUUCCCUCACAGAACAGCAUCCCAACAAGACAUGUUACAGUGCUGGGGACAUGGUGCAAGAAAGCCUUGAUGCAAGGUCCUUGUCCCUGACUUCACUGUCAUCGGAACAGCUGGCAGGAAUGUCCGCGGCAGUUCUACGGGAUCUUGUUAGCCAGCUGCAGGAGGACUUGUUGGAAGCAGCUCAGCGUAAUACAGUCCUCACAAGUCAUUUUAAGGCAUUGUAUGGCAAGGAUGAGAGCUGUCAAGGAAUGGUUGAUGCAGACAAGAACAGGAAUCAUGAAGCUGUAUUUACUAAGCCUUCGCCAUCUAAUUUCCAGUCCCAGGUGGAGUCGCUCAAGAAUGAGCUGAAUUUGAAGGAUAAAGAGACAGCAUGUCUUCGUCAGCAUCUAGGCCUGGCUCAGUCGAGAUCAGGAUCUGCAGUGGAUGCCAUAUUUCCCACCCAGGUGUCAGACUUGCGGGCUGAAAUUUUCAGUCUUCGUGGCCAUGUCAAGGAGAUGAACAAGAUCAAUGAACUGCUCCGCCAGCAGAUGUGCCACUGCAAUGGCUCGCACAAUGCUACACAGGUGUUCAGCCCGGAGCUUCUCACCAGCAUGUCACAUGAAAUAGAUUGUCUGUACAGGCAGGUUCACUCACUGAUAUCUCUAGCUGACAGAGAAGCCCCACAACAUGGGCCUGACUCUGCUAGCAAUGGGGAGGACACAAGCUCUUUUCAUUCACUCCCUGUUUCUCCUGUACUGUCGCACACAACCUCUAGUGAGGCAUGUCUUCACGAGGUGCUGCCAAAUCAGACUUUAUCUGCUGAAGGAGGCUGCAGGUGCUGUGACUCGUUUGAGAAAGAUGGAGGGAGGGGUCGCACGCGAUGUGCCAAUGGAGCUGCUGACAAUACCUUUCCUGAGACUGAGGAGUCUUCCAGCUUGUUGGGACCAAGGCUAGGCAAAUCCAAGAAGGGCAAGACGCGAAUCCCUGUUGCACAGCUUCCAAAUCUCAAUCUCAUUGUGAAGGAGUCUGAGCAAGGAGCUUCGAUGGCCACCAUGACACGUAAACUUCAAGAGGCACAGGAGCGGGUAAAAUACUUAGAAAACAGACUGGCAGCUACAGAAAGUACAGUACGUUUGACUUCUCAGCGGCUGCGCCUGUGUCAGUCUCAGGUCCAUUCUGGUAAUGGAGCUAAAGGGCUACCACUAACCCGUUCACAAAGUGAGAUUUGUCUUCUACUGGAUCCUUUUGGCAUUCAGUCACCACCCUUUUCUGAAAAGCUGACUCCGACAUUAGUUAAUAGAGAUUCUCAAAAUGAAACUGGUGGACAUGCUAUAUCAUUAAAUGACUCAGAUGGAGGUAUGACUAUACAGGAAGCGAUGGUUCAGAGAAUUCACAAUCAGCAAAGUGAGGAAUCAGAUGGCAGGCAUGCUGGGAUGGAAGAUGAUGCAGCUCUGCAGCAAGAAGUACGAAGCAAUGCAUCAAAUGACGCAGCCGAUGGAGGAUGCAGUUCAGAUUCGCCACAUCAGAACCUUGGCAGUGAGGCUGAGUCAGAUUCCAUUGACUGUGGAGAACACUUUACUGAUGCACUAGAGGCAGAGAAAGAUAACAAUUUUAAAGCUAAACCUUUAGCUGUGAAGGGUGAUUUCACUCACCUUUCCCAGCAAAAUGCCUCCACCCUUAUAUAUCCCAGGCAGUUGGUCCAGUCUGACCAGACGGACCUAACUUUGUCCUCCAUAUGUGCAGGAGAAAGAGACUAUUCCAUGUUGGCUGGAGAACUGACUUACUCAAGCUUCUCUGAGAAUAUCCUGCAAUUGGGUCCCUCUCAUCGAGCACAGGACAGUGCCAUAGGUGUUUCUCAUCUGAAGGUAGCCAAGGGAAAUGAGGCUGCAAAGAGUUCUCGAGUUGCAAAGUCCUUGGCAACUGCUUGUCACCUGCAGCUCAACAGUCAUGCUGGAGAUGAGAGCAGAAAUGAAAGCCAGCUUCCUGUUAAUUUAGAUGCGUCUUCCUUGCAAGCCAAAGUGCAUUUCCUGACGGAGAUGAACACUUCAUUGCGAGAUGAGCUGAAGGUGUAUGAUCGCUUGUGCCAGUCCCUGGGUAUCCAAGUCUCGUUCACAAGCAGCUGUGUUGACCCACCCACUGCUGGUGAAGCGAACACUGAUAUUGAGCUGCUGAAGCAGCAUCUAGUUGAAAUCCGGAGAUUACGGGGCAUCUUGGAACAGCUAGACUCAGAUGCUUACGAAGAUAUGCAGUCCACACUCUUGUGCAAGAUCCAGCGUGUUCAGGAGCUAGAAGCUCAGCUACAGAAGCUGAGAGAGGAGCUUCUACAGAAGGACAACACAAUCGUCCAGAAUAGCAAGACAAUCACAGAACAUGAGAAUGUGUUUAUUAAGUUCCGCACAACCAUCACACAGCAGGAGAGUGUCAUCAAGGAGACAAUAGUAGAAAUGAAGAAGUAUGAGGCAGAAGAAAAGAGGCUGAAAGAAAAGAUUGCAGUCCUGGAAGAAUCAAGCACCCGGAAAGACAAAGAGCACGAAGUGACCCUGACUGCACGCAAUGCGCAGAUAGGAGAGGUCCAAAGGGCGCUCAAAGAAGCUGAGAAGAGAAUUCAUCUGAUGCAGGACCAGGUGGCAGCUGGUCAACAGCAGCUGCAGGCUGCAACAACGCAGCUUAUCAUAGCAAAGCAGCACAACCAGCGCUUUGAAAGCCAGCUCAAGGACAGCCAGAACAAAUGCCAAGAGAUGGAAGGGCAACUGAAGGAAACUCAGCACAAGUGCCAGGAUAUGGAGGGUCAGCUGCUGGAGUCUCAGCGGAAGCAUGAAGAGCUGGAGCAGGAGUUGAAGAAAGUCAGAGACAAGGCUCAUGCCUGGGAGCUUGCUGUACAGGAUCUGCAGCAGCAGAAGGUGCAUCUGGAGGAAGCCCUUGGUGACUUGCAGCGUGGGAGGGAAGAACUUGAGAAGCAGGUGAUGCAGGCCACUAGUGCAAAGAAGAGUGAGGCAAAUAAGCAGAGAAAGAGGGCAGAGCACUUGGAGGAGUGCAUGAAGGAGCACCAGCAGACGCUAGUCCAGUGUGAACAGAAGCUUAAGGAGGCCCAGGAAAGCCUGCACCUGAGCCAGGCCAGGGAACAGGAAGCACAGGCAACUCUGCAGAAGUGCAAGGCGCAGGAAGAGGAGACACAGGCCACCUUGAAGGACAUGCACCAACAGAUCUCUAGACUAGAGGCUGAGCUGAGGGAGGCAGAGGAAAGGGCCAGUGCCUGCCAGAAGGUGGCACUGCACGCUGACAGUUUGGUGCACUCACUGGAAAACCGUGUGCGAGAUCUAGAAGCACGAGUGGUAGAGUCCCAGGAGCAAGCCAGGAGCAGCAAGGAAGGCACCAGAGACUUGCAGGCAGUCGUGGAGGAACAGAAGGGUGCAGUCGAGAAGUUAAAGAAAGAGCUUGAACAACGAGAAGCCAAACUGCGAAAAAGAGAUGUCCAGCUGAAACGACUUGUUCCAGAAUAUGAGAGAAUUCGGGCAGCUUUAAGUGAAGUGACAGAGGUCAAUCAGACACUGCGUUGCGAGGUCAGGCUGUACCAGGACAUGCAGUGUCAGGCUGAUGACAGUUCAAGUCAGAAGGAGCUGAUGAGGGACUUACUUCAGGAGUUGACAAGGACUCGCAAGCUUGUGGAGAACAUAAUCAGCCGCCACAGAGAGAGGGGAAAUAUGAGCCCUGCAUCUACAAAUGGAGAUGCUGCAGAUGGCAAGCCAAGCCCUGAUGUGCCCCACAGAACUUCAUCCCAUAGUUUUGAGGCCCAGCAUGGUCCUAUAAGCUCAAGUCACACCCCUCCAGACAAGGACAGUUCUGCCAGCCAGAGGCUCAAAGGGUUUUCUACAGACUCACUUUUUGAAGAUCAGAAUAUUGACUCCCCUUACCAGCUAAAGACUGUUUUGACUGAAGAAUCCACUGCUGUUUCUUUGGGAGCUCUGUCAGAACUUGACCGUUUUCCUGGACUAGGAUUCAGCCCCAAAGCCUUCACAGAACAGAAGUCCCCAACAGCACUUUGUCCAAGUACAAAAGGAUCGCCCAAAAGUGACAUAGCCUUACUCAGUAAUCUAAACCAAAAAAAUCUUAGGAUGGACACUAUUAUGACUGGUGCCAGGGGGGAUAUAGUGCUGCCUCUCACACCAACGAAAACCUUGAAAUACUGGCAAGGAAGCAGUCUGCCAUCUGCUGUCACAGGCAUCCCACAGGUUGAGGUGGACAGCGACCUGCGGCAGCUGUUUGCAGUGGGAGCUCUUGAGGGCUAUGAGAAGCUUAAGUGUGAGAACAGAGAACUGUUGGGCCUACUUAGCGCUAUGCAAGCACGUGUCAACCACAGACUGAAGACCUUUUCCUCUGUCACCAUGUCUGAGAUCAUCAAGAGUGUGGAGUACAGUACACUGAGAGAGCUGCACUUAUCGACCGAAAACAUGAGACUGUGUGCAGAGGAGGAGGCACGCCUUCUCACCAAAUUUUGGAUCACGCAGCUGCCCCCUGUCAAUUCUGCAGGAGAGUUUUAUGACCCCAAGCUGACUGAAGAGAACGAGAAUUUGAAAAUAGAGCUUCAAAGGCAAAAGCAUCGUCAUGACAUGCUGAUUCACACCGUCAAUGAACAUCAGGAGCGUCUCCAUGCCACCAACACCAUGCGGAAAAAAUGGGAAGCCACGUUGUAUAAGCAGUACGAACAUUUUCGCCACUUCAUGGCUACUUCCCCAGCCACCACUACUAUCAUCUCCAGUCCUUCAGAUUUGCCUUCAUACUUGUUGUCUUCAAGGCAUGAGAUAUCCAGGACCGCAGACACCCUGGAGGAGGCGGAGGGAAACUUUAGCACAGCUGGUCUGGUGCCGCAGAAACGUUCUUCUAGAAAGUCACAGCCUAAGGGUGGCACCAAAGACAGGAAAUAAAGCCUCCGAUUUGACCUCAUUUUUCUCCCUGCUGACACCUUAUCUUUAAUUUAUAUAUCUGGUAUAUCACCUUGAUUCUUUUUCCCAAGUUGUCAGUGGUUGGAGUUUUUAUAGAAAACUAUUACUUUUUGAGGCUUCUUGGUGUCACACCGUUUUCAGUACCUUCACAGACUUUUUGUUGAUAAUUUUUCAUCAUUUGUCACUCUCCACAAGCCACAACUCAGCAAAGUAUAUGAAGUUUGGCUUUUGAAUGUGUGGGGUUUUUUUUUUCCAGAAGAAUAUCCAAUUUACAAUAUUUGCUGCUGUAGUCACAGUUUAUCUCUAAGCCCCUUUCUGCCUUAUUGUUUGCUCUAGGGUGUGGACAGGUUAGUGAAGGUGUGUGUGCUUCCUGCCUGCAUACAUGACAGAGUGAACUAAAUAAUUUACGAGGAAUAAAGUUUAGGCCUGAUUAUACAUUCCUUUUCUUAUUAGAGAGUGAACCAAAGAGACUUAAUGAGAUCUGUGUGAUUUAACUUGCUUCUGUUCCUCAAAUGAACUGUACUCAAGCUGAGGACUAACCAUGUUUUCAGUUGUUUGGGUAUCAUUAUAACCCACUUAACAGUCCUGAAGAUUUGCUCGUCAGAGGGAUGUGGUAGUUAAACUGUGAUGGCUUUGAGUCGCAGCAUUAUUAAUAAAGGCAGUAAAUGUAAAUCUUUUUAUUUUUUAUUUUUUUUUGGUCAAUAUCUGUUAAUCCAAAUGCAUCAAUAAACUGGUCUUCGUGAAAGGCUUUGUUGCACUGUAUGAAUGUAUAUUGUUAUUCUGAACGGGACCAAGAAACUAAACAGAUAUUAUUCAUUUUGAAGACUUGCACCUCCAGAUUUUCCAGAUACUUUGUUAAAUGUUUUAGCCUUCUUUCCCUCUAUCAUGCAUUUCUGAAAAGUUGAUUGCUUGAAAUUUGUGCUGGGCUUAGGUGUUGGGAUAGUUCUGUACAUAUUUCAGGGCACAAGGCAGCAGCAUAUAUUUUUCGUUUUGGGUUUAAUCAUCCUUGUCUGUUUACAUUAUCAUCUUACACAUUUGUUGUAAGAUGCCAUGCAGUUUUCAUUAUACAAUGACUACUAUUUGCAGAAAAAAAUCAAUCGGGUCUUGUAGCUUAUGAUAUUUCUUACAUCAGACUUUGUUCCCAGAUUUAGGUUGGUUUGUGUGGAGUUUUUUUUUUUCUAUUUUAAAAAUUACAAGUGGUGCAUGCACAUCUCGCAACAACAUGAUUUACAAGUAUGGUAGGCUGUGGAAGCAGAGUGUGUCAUACUGAUUGCUGCUGUGAUAAAUAUCAAAACCUUUAGAAUGACAGAAUAAUAUCUUGGAAUGCAUUUUGCCAUAAGUCUCUUGUGCCCCUCUGUCUUCAUCACCAACUUAUUCACACACACACACAUGCGCGCUCUCUCUUACCUUGAUCUUCCCAACCCACAGAUGAGACCCAUUAAAGUGUUUAGAAGUUUAGUUCAAAAUAAAAACAAACGUUUAUAGUGCCUUAAAACUUUUUAGCCACAACUGCUUUCUCCCCAUCUGAUUUGACAGCUUCACACAAAAAUGUUCCAAAAAUAAUAUGUAUUAAUUUCUUGUACAUAAUAUUACAAUCUGAAGUGGAAAUGUUCUUUAUUUAUAUAAUGACUUGCCAUAUAUCAACAUUUAUUGGAUGAAGUUUGCACCACUAUAUUUUUUUUCCAAAAUAGCAGUGUUGUACACAUUAUUAUUGUCUGAAAUGGAACUGUUCAUUGUUUAUGUAAUGCCAUGCCAUUAAUAUGUACCAAAAUAUUUUUUGUGAAAUUUUCUCCACUAUGCUUUUUCCAAAACAAAGAUGAAGAAAUACUGCUGAGGUUUUUUGGGGGAAGAAAGGAUGAAAGGCAGCAACAAGUUCAUUGGCUAAUUAAUGUUUUUCAUCAAAAAAUACUUUGGGCUGAUGCACAUGUCAAACUUCAAAUUUAACUAAUCACCUUAUGGCAUAGUGGUUUGUAAAAUGAUAUUUAAAAAUCUCAGCUGAAGCAUUAAUUACUGUAGAUGUUUCGUGACAAAAUAUAGAUCUUGACUUUGAAGGCUUAACUGUAAUUCUUCUGAUAAGAUGAAUGCCAGUUCUUUUGUAAAUGUGUUUUCAUUUGUUAGCAUUGUAAGAAAGAUUUCUGUAUGCUUUGUAUAAAAGGUUCUGCUAUGUAGAAAAGAUUUAAAUUCUGCAUUAACUAGGAAGCUUGUAGAAUGAACAGCAGAAAUAUUAAUGUGAACAUGUAUUUUUAUGGGAUUUGUAGAUUUCUGUAUAGAUGCUUGAUACUAUUCGGCAAAGCUGAGUGAAUGCUCCCUUUCUGUUCUCAUAUAUCAACAAACAGCAUGAGAUAAAACAAAAAAUGAUAUCACAUUUGUACACAGAUAUACCCACUUAACAUGGGUUCAUAGCUCUUCCAUUGGCUAAAGCCUUCACAAGGUAAACAAAAAUCUGUACAUUUCUGAUAUCUGUAGUGUUUACCUCUUUCUGUAAAUAGUGAUGUUUGCAGGUGCAUAUCUUGAAAACAGAUGAAGUAUAUUCACUUGCAUUUGGGGAAAUAAUACAUUGAAGUAAUACAUUGUCAAUCAUUAAAAGCAAAAAGGGUAGACCCCACUAGUCUUUUUGUUUCAUGUAGAAAUACUUUGAAGGUUAUUUUGUACAUGAUGAUUGACAUGAAUUUCAUCAGUUUGUGACAGACUUAGAAAGAAUAGGCAUCUACAUGUUUUAUAGAUAUUUCAUUUUGGCUUUUCUCCCACUGAUUUGGAAAAGUUGUGUAAUGGCAGGAUUAUGUUAAAGAUAUGAAUCAGAUACAUGUAUUUGUAAUUUGGUAGAAGAAAAAAAAACUUAACCAGUCAUAAGCACAAUAUUUGUCCAUAUACUUGUUCUAAGCAAGUUAAUUUUAGGGAAGAGUACAGGAAGUGUUCCUAUAAGGAUCUCUUAUGAAUUGUACAUGUGCACACAUAUAAAAGUCUUGAAUGAAAAGUACAGAUUUUCUGAUUGUUAGCAGACUGGCUAGUCAUGUACAGUCACACUGACAAACCCGUGUGUCCAAUAGUAUGAAUCCUUAACCUGUGGGGAUAAUCAUGAUUAAAAUACAGGUAUCGAGUCUAUGGCCUGCAAAGUGCUUAAAGGACAACUAAUCUAUAAGCUUGAGCAAAACUGUAUGUUGACACUUUACAUAGAACAUUUCUUUGAUGCUGGCAUGUGCAAUGUUAUGCUUCAAGCUUUGUCCAUGGUCUUCUGCUAAAUCAUGUGCAUUGUUGUUUUAUCUUAUGUGCCAAGAAAGGAACCGCUUUGUUGACAUGCUGGACCCAGGCUGUUUACUACCUAAUUCUAACUGAUAUUCCAUUAACAGAUACUGACUAGAGGUUGCAAGGUGACUGUAGUUGGCAGCCAUAGGCAGUGUGUUAAACAUUCUGGAUCAUUUAAGUCGCCUAAAUUAUAUGGAUUAAAAUUUUGGCAAAGGUA